AUGAAAACCGAAAGUUUUGGUGGUGCCAGGUUCUUUAUGACAUUCAUUGACGAUUAUUCUAGAUGUGUAACCGUCUAUCCCAUUACACACAAAUCGGAAGUGUUGGAUAAGUUUAAAGAAUGGGAAGCGGUAGUAACAAAUCAAGAAGAUUGCAAAAUUAAAACUUUACGGACAAACAAUGGAGGUGAAUUUAUGUCUGCUGAAUUCCAAAAUUUCCUCAAAGAGAAAGGUAUUCAUCACGAGACAACUGUACCCCACUCACCACAACAGAAUGGUAUCGCCGAACGGAUGAACAGGACGCUCCAGGAAGCUGCUUUAUCAAUGAUCUUACAUCCAAGAGUACCCAAGAGUUUCUGGGUUGAAGCAGUUUGUUCAGCAGCAUACAUAAGAAACCGAGUUGUCACAAUAGCAACUCGAGUCACCCCAUUCAGCAUUAUCAUGAUGAAUACGCUGGUAUCACAACAGCAAAGCAUACAGCCCUCUUUGUAACAGAAGUUGAAGAGCCGAAAACGUUGAAGAAAGCUCUCGAAAGUGAUCAUGCGGAAAACUGGAAGACAGCUGCAGAUUCUGAAUAUCAAUCUCUAAUGGAAACUGACACCUGGGAGCUUGUCGAACUGCCACCCGGACGAAAGGCAAUUACCUGCAGAUGGGUUAAAGUCAAACAUGAUGAAAAUGGGAAGAUCGAUCUGUUUAAAGGACGUCUUGUAGCGAAAGGUUUUCUACAAAAGUACGGGAUCGAAUUUGUUGAAACAUUUUCACCUGUCGUUCUCUUUACAUCUAUCCGAGCUCUUUUGGCGUUUGCUGUUUCGAGAAAUAUGUUUAUCCAUCAAAUGGAUGUCGUUACCGCUUUCCUAAAUGGAACACUUGACCAAGACAUCUAUAUGGAGCAGCCAGAAGGUUAUGUUGUUCCCUGA